AUGUUUGGAUGUUCUUCCAUGGUGGCUGCGGGAGUUAAAGUAGACGUGGGAGUGAUUUUGGACAUGGAAACCGGCGCCGGAGAGAUGGGUUUUCGGUGCAUAUCCAUGGCCUUCUCCGAUUACAACGCCGGCGCCGGUGCCGGAGAUAUUUCCCUCCAUGUCAGAGACUCCAAAGGAACCGUUCUCGGUGCUUCCGCUGCAGCUUUGGACCUUUUAAAAAAUGUGCAAGUUCAAGCCAUCAUAGGGCCUCCAACCUCAUUACAAUCUGACUUUGUCAUUAAUAUGGGGGAAAAUGCUCACGUUCCCAUUGUUUCCUUUUCGACUACAAGCCCAUUUCAAUCUUCUCUUCAAAGCGCUUACCUUGUUCGUGCCACGUUAAGUGACUCGAGUCAAGUUGAGGCUAUUGCAUCUCUUAUUCGUUCCUUUGGAUGGCGAGAAGUUGUUCAGACUCCCCAUUCAUUAGAUAGAGAAGAUCACCAACAUUUCGGGCCAAGAGCACCCCCUCUAGUAAAAGCUUCCACAGCUGGUAUCAUACCAUUUCUUGCCAAUGCUUUGCAAGAUGUUGAUGUUCGUAUUUCUCAUAGAAGUUCUAUUCCUCCUUUAGCCAGCGAUAAUGAGAUAUUAGUCGUGCUUUAUAAACUUAUGACGAUGCAAACUAGGGUUUUUGUUGUGCAUAUGGACCCCAUGCUUGGUUUUCGUCUAUUCAACAAGGCAAAAGAGAUCGGGAUGAUGCGUGAAGGAUACGUGUGGAUCACGACUAAUGGAAUAACCAACACGUUAAGUAUAAUCAACGACUCUUCUAACAUACUUGAGACACGCUCAAUGCACGGGGUUCUUGGAAUAAAACCGCACUUUCCAAGAACAAAACGAUUGAAAGAUUUCAUCUCCCGAUGGAAGAAUGAAUCCAAAUUCAGCGAUCUAAAUAUAUAUGGGUUAUGGGCGUAUGAUGCUGCCACCGCCCUAGCGAUUGCGAUACAAAAGGUUAUUGACAUGAACACAACCUUUGACGAUAGGGGCCGAUUAAACAUCAGUACUACAACAACCUCAAAUAAUGCUACAUUAACAGAUUUCGAGAACAUUGGAGUUUCUCAAAUGGGUAGAUACAUUAACCAAGAAUUAUCGAAAAGUAGGUUUAGAGGCCUUGGUGGAGAUUUCCAUCUCAUAAACGGGGAGCUACAAUCCUCCAGCUCCUUCCAAAUUGUAAACUUUAUCGAUGAUCUCGGUGAGAGGGGUGUCGGAUUUUGGACGCCAAAGAUCGGGAUUUCGAAAAAGUUAAACGGUAACCAUCUUGUUAAUAAUUCUAAUACCAAACUGCUCAAAGAUAUUAUUUGGCCCGGAGAAAGUAGGUCAAUUCCAAAGGGUUGGGUUAUUCCUACAAAUGGAAAACAAUUGAUGAUUGGGGUGCCUGUGAAAGUUGAAAAAAGUGACUUUUUAAAUCUUAUAAUAGAAAGUGAUACCAAUGAGACCAAAGUCACUGGCUAUGUUAUUGAUGUGUUUGAUGCUGUUAUGGCUAAGCUUCCAUAUCAUGUUUCGUACAAGUACGUUCCAUUCGCAACACCCGAUGGGAAGCCAAUGGGCGACUACAAUGAGUUGGUGUAUCAAGUUUCUCUUGGGAAAUAUGAUGCUGUGGUCGGAGAUGUGACAAUAGUAGCUAACCGAUCUUUGUACGUGGAUUUCACGCUACCAUUCAUGGAUUCCGGGGUGACGAUGUUUGUACCCUACAAGGACAAGAAAAACAACAACCCUUUGGCUUUCUUGAAGCCAUUAACAUGGGACUUAUGGGUCACUAGUGGAUGUUUUUUCAUCUUCAUUGGAUUUGUGAUUUGGAUUCUAGAGCACAAACCAAAUGGAGAUUUUGGCAGUUCUCAGUCUGAUAAUGAAGGGUGCACUAGCUUUUGGUCUUCCUUCUCGACAUUGUUCCUUGCACAUAGGGAAGAGGUGGUGAGCAAUUUGGCUAGACUAGUGGUGAUCAUAUGGGGAUUUUUGGUUCUAAUAUUGACGCAGAGCUACACGGCUAGCUUGACAUCGUUGAUGACGGUUCAACAACUCGAGCCGUCAAUUACAGAUGUUCAAGAUCUUAUCAUUAAAGGACAAAGUAUUGGAUACCCUAAAGGCUCAUUUGUUUUUAGCUACCUUAAGCAAAUGGGCUGUAAGGAUUCUCAACUUAAGAUGUUCAAGUCUAUGAAAGACUUGGAUUCCGCAUUUUCAAAUAAAAGCAUAGUAGCUGCCUUUGAUGAAAGUCCUUAUUUGAAACAAUUAGUUGGGAGACACUGCUUCAAGUACACCAUGAUCGGACCUAAUCUUAAGACGGGAGGCUUUGGCUUUGGUUUCCCGAGAGGAUCACCAUUGGUAUCAGAUGUGUCAAGGGAAAUCUUAAACGUGACAGAAGGAGGGGAGAUGGAGAAAAUAGAAAAUAAAUGGUUUGGAAAUGAAAAGAGCUGCCCACAACAAGACCCAAAGGCGGGUUCAAGCAAUCUGAGCCUGGGGAAUUUUUGGGGAUUAUUCCUCAUUGUUGGUUCUGCUUCUUCUAUCGCGGUCAUUAUAUUUCUCGCCAUGUUAACCUACGAGCACAGGCAUUUCUUGAUGCAAUGUGGUAUAAUUAGAUCUUUUUUGAUGAUGAUCAAAUCCAAAGAAGAAAGGAAAAUGAACGAAGAAGAUACUAUUGUGAAUAUUGAAGACCAAAUUGAAGAAAAUCAUAUGCAUUAUAAUGAGCUAGAGAUAUUGACACCGACUUCAAAUAUUGUAACAUCCCCUGAUACUCCCUUCUCGCCUUGCCGAUCAAGUAUUUCAGAACACUACUUUGAAUGA